GUGUCUGUGUGAGGACCGGAGCGAGGCAGAGGAGGCGUAGGAGACUGAGGAGGCGGGGGCGGGGGGCAGGAGGGAGCGCGCGCGUGGCUCGGGGCGCCCGGGCUCCCCCCUGUCCCGGACCCGCGCGCCGCGCCGCCUCCUCGCUAGCACCGUCAGCUUCGCAGCUGGGAUCCGCUCUGGCCGCGGGGAGAAGGCACGGCCUGGAAGGAGCGAGAAAGCAAAAGUGUUCCUGGUACCAGAGAGCUGAAGUAAUGAGAAGACAUCAUGGAGGCCCAGUCCCACAGCUCCCCAACCACUGAGAAGAAAAAAGUCGAGAGUUCUGUAGUUAAAUGCUCCACUCGAACAGAUGUCAGUGAGAAAGCCGUGGCCUCCAGCACUACUUCCAAUGAGGAUGAAAGUCCUGGACAGACCUUUCACAGAGAGAGAAGAAACGCAGUCACUAUGCAGCCACAGAGUGUCCAGGGGCUUGGCAAGAUCAGUGAGGAGCCUUCAACAUCUAGUGACGAGAGGGGCUCGCUGAUCAAGAAGGAGAUCCAUGGGUCUCUGCCCCACCUGGCUGAGCCUUCCAUCCCAUACCGUGGGGCCGUGUUCGCCAUGGACCCCAGGAAUGGUUAUGUGGAACCUCACUACCACCCUCCUCACCUGUUUCCUGCAUUCCAUCCUCCUGUGCCAAUUGAUGCAAGACAUCAUGAGGGGCGUUACCAUUACGAUCCAUCUCCAAUUCCUCCAUUGCAUGUGCCUUCUGCUUUAUCUAGUAGCCCAACAUAUUCGGACCUGCCCUUCAUUAGGAUCUCCCCACACCGGAACCCUGCUGCAGCUUCUGAGUCCCCCUUCAGCCCUCCACAUCCCUACAUCAACCCUUACAUGGACUAUAUCCGGUCUCUGCACAGCAGCCCAUCCCUCUCUAUGAUCUCUGCAGCCCGGGGGCUGAGUCCCACAGAUGCGCCACAUGCUGGAGUCAGCCCAGCAGAGUACUAUCAUCAGAUGGCUCUGUUAGCUGGCCAGCGCAGCCCCUAUGCAGACAUCAUUCCAUCAGCUGCCACCACUGGCGCUGGGGCCAUCCACAUGGAGUAUCUUCAUGCCAUGGACAGCACCAGGUUCCCCAGCCCCAGGCUGUCAGCCAGGCCAAACCGAAAACGUACACUGUCCAUAUCACCACUAUCCGAUCAUAGCUUUGACCUUCAGACCAUGAUAAGGACGUCUCCCAACUCCUUGGUCACAAUUCUCAAUAAUUCACGCAGCAGCUCUUCAGCAAGUGGCUCCUAUGGUCACUUAUCUGCAAGUGCAAUCAGCCCUGCCUUGAGUUUCACCUACCCUUCUGCACCUGUGUCUCUCCAUGUGCAUCAACAAAUCUUAAGCAGACAGCAGAGCUUAGGCUCGGCCUUUGGACACAGCCCUCCUCUCAUCCAUCCUGCCCCAACAUUUCCAACACAGAGGCCUAUUCCGGGGAUCCCUACAGUUCUGAACCCUGUCCAGGUCAGCUCUGGCCCUUCUGAGUCCUCACAGAACAAGCCCACAAGUGAGUCUGCAGUGAGCAGUACUGGUGACCUGAUGCACAACAAACGAUCCAAGAUCAAACCUGAUGAAGACCUCCCCAGCCCAGGGCCACGGGUUCAGCAGGAACAGCCAGAAGUAACCACCCUGGUGAAGGAGGAAGGGGACAAAGAUGAAAGCAAGCAAGAGCCUGAAGUCAUCUAUGAGACAAACUGCCACUGGGAAGGCUGCACGCGGGAGUUUGACACCCAGGAGCAGCUGGUGCAUCAUAUAAAUAAUGACCAUAUUCAUGGAGAAAAGAAGGAAUUUGUGUGCCGGUGGCUAGAUUGCUCAAGAGAGCAGAAACCCUUCAAAGCCCAGUAUAUGCUGGUAGUGCAUAUGAGAAGACACACGGGAGAGAAACCUCACAAAUGCACUUUUGAAGGUUGCACAAAGGCGUACUCGAGAUUAGAAAACUUGAAAACACACUUGAGAUCUCACACUGGAGAGAAACCGUAUGUCUGUGAGCAUGAAGGUUGCAACAAGGCUUUCUCAAAUGCUUCUGACCGUGCCAAGCACCAAAACAGAACACAUUCCAAUGAGAAACCAUAUGUGUGCAAAAUCCCAGGCUGCACUAAGCGCUACACAGACCCAAGCUCCCUCCGGAAACACGUGAAGACAGUGCAUGGUCCAGAGGCUCAUGUCACCAAGAAGCAGCGUGGGGACGUACAUCCUCGGCCCCCACCACCACGAGAUUCCGGCAGCCAUUCACAGUCCAGGUCACCUGGCCGGCAGACUCAGGGAGCCCUUGGUGAGCAGAAGGACCUCAGCAACACUACCUCAAAGCGGGAGGAAUGCCUCCAGGUGAAAACAGUCAAAGCGGAGAAGCCCAUGACAUCUCAGCCAAGCCCUGGUGGUCAGUCUUCAUGCAGCAGCCAACAGUCCCCCAUCAGCAACUAUUCCAACAGUGGGCUCGAGCUUCCUCUGAGCGAUGGAGGUGUUGGAGACCUCGGUGCCAUUGAUGAAACCCCAAUCAUGGACUCAACCAUUUCCACUGCAACCACAGCCGUUGCUCUGCAAGCCAGGAGAAACCCAGCAGGGACCAAAUGGAUGGAGCAUGUAAAAGUAGAAAGGCUCAAACAAGUAAAUGGAAUGCUUCCACGACUGACCCCCAUCCUACCCACCAAAGCCCCUGCGGUCUCUCCUCUCAUAGGAAGUGGCACCCAACCUAGUAACAGCUGCAGUUUGAGCGGGCCCAUGACUCUCCUCCCAAACAGAAGCGAUGUUUCUGGGGUGGAUGUCACCAUGCUGAACAUGCUCAACAGGAGAGAUAGCAGUGCCAGCACCAUCAGCUCAGCAUACCUGAGCAGUCGCCGUUCCUCGGGCAUCUCCCCCUGCUUCUCCAGCCGGAGGUCCAGUGAGGCAUCCCAGGCUGAGGGCCGGCCCCAGAACGUGAGUGUGGCUGACUCCUAUGACCCCAUCUCCACUGAUGCCUCACGCAGGUCUAGCGAGGCCAGCCAGUGUGACGGCCUGCCCAGCCUGCUCAGCCUCACACCGGCCCAGCAGUACCGCCUAAAAGCCAAGUACGCCGCGGCCACAGGUGGGCCACCUCCCACACCUCUGCCCAACAUGGAAAGGAUGAGUUUAAAGACCAGGAUGGCCCUGCUAGGAGACAGCAGGGAGUCUGUGGGGGCCCUGCCCCCUGUCAACCCACCCAGGAGAUGUAGUGACAGCGGAGCCCACAGUUACAGCCGGCGUCCUCUGCUGCCCCAGGAUGCACUGGGCCACGGUGUGAGAAGAGCCAGUGACCCAGUGAGGACAGUCUCAGAGAGCCUCUCACUGCCCAGGAUGCAGCGUUUCAACAGCCUAAAUAGCUUCAACCCUCCAGUUUUGCCUCCAUCCCUGGAAAAGCGUAACUUAGUUCUUCAGAAUUACACACGGCCUGAGGGUGGCCAGUCACGCCACUUCCACUCGCCUCCUUGUCCUCCAAGCAUUGCUGAGAACGUCACCCUGGAGUCCCUGACCAUGGAGACUGAUGUGAACCUGAACGAUGAGGAUUUCUUGCCCGAUGAUGUGGUGCAGUAUUUAAAUUCCCAGAACCAAGCUGGGUAUGAACAGCACUUCCAGAGCACCCUCUCUGAUGACAGCAAAGUGCCCCACAGACCAAACUUGGGGAGUGGGCAUGGUGACUUUGACCAACCUGGAUUGCCAGAUAGCCAUGCCAACCAGCAAUACCAUGAGCUGGAGCAGCCCUGCCCUGAAGCCAGCAAAGCUGACCUGCCCAUUCAGUGGAAUGAGGUCAGCUCUGGAAGUGCUGACCUGUCCUCCUCUAGGCUGAAAUGUGGCCAGCGAUCCACAGCGCAGCCAGCUCGAGCAUUUGGGUUAUACAACAACAUGGGUUCCCAGCCACAGAAUCCCUUGGGGAAAGGGACUGGCCCACCAGGGGUCUAUCAGACCGUUGGGGAGCAAUGCAGCACCUAUGGUGGGCCAGAGCACUUGGUGGGCCACAGCGGUGGGACUGGCACCAACAGAAAUGCCUUCCAUGAACAGCCCUAUAAGGUCCAGCAGUAUGGGAACUGCCCCAACAGGCAGCCCAGGGCCCCAGGCUCACUCGACAGUGCCUGUGGUACUGGGAUUCAAGUGGCAAAGCUGAGAAGCAUCACCAUGCAAGGGAGUGGGAGCCAGCCAGAUUUUGGCCCAUCAGUGGUGCCCGAUGAAUCAGUUGGCAGCACAGUGAAUGGCAUGCCAAUCCGAUACCCAGUGGGACAGGGGAACUUGGCUCAUCAUCUACUCAGCGACAGCAUGUACCACCAGGGGGCAGGCCGCCCAGGGCAGCAGAUGCCAGGGCAGGUUAGCGCUACCUCACAUAUCAAUGUAUAUCAAGGGCCAGAGAGCAGCCUGCCAGGGCCUCCCAACAUUGGGGGCCAGACAUCAAGCUUGGCAGCUGUCAGGAGCUACCAGGUAUAUGCUGACUAUGGAGGCAGCAGGCGCCAUGCUAUGCCGAGGGGCAGCCUCACUCUACAGCACAGUGACACAAGUCAGACCUGCAGGGUCAACGGCAUCAAGACAGAGAUGCAAGGGCAGCCCCAUCAACUCUGUUCUAAUAUGCAGAGUUACUCUGGUCAGUUCUAUGACCAAACCAUUGGCUUCAGUCAGCAAGACAUGAAAACUGGUUCAUUCUCUAUUUCAGAAGCCAACUGCCUGCUACAAGGGGCCAACACCGAAAACUCUGAAUUACUUUCCCCGAGUGCUAACCAGGUGACAAGCACAGUUGACAGUCUUGACAGCCAUGACCUCGAAGGUGUGCAGAUUGAUUUUGAUGCCAUCAUAGAUGACGGGGAUCACGCCAGCCUGAUGUCAGGGGCCUUGAGCCCAAAUAUCCUUCAGAACCUUUCUCAUAGCUCCUCCCGCCUCACGACGCCACGAACAUCCCUCCCACUGCCAGCACUCUCUGUGAGCACCACCAACAUGGCCAUCGGGGACAUGAGUUCUUUGUUGACCUCCCUUGCAGAAGAAAGUAAAUUCCUUGCAGUUAUGCAAUAGGCACUAGGGAAAAAGGACUGCCAACAAACAUGAACAUUUAGGA